AUGCCUUCUUGCACAUUGAACGAAGGUCAAGAAGUAACAAAACAUCUGAAAAGCAUCACAACCAAUAAGAUCAUACUGUUCGCCACCGAAGCAAGCCGCUUACACUUGCACAGGGGAAUGGUAAAAGUGCUGCAAUCAUUUGGAAGCAGUAUGAUCCACAAACUGGCUUCCAACGACACGUACAUCAUGGUCGGCCAGAAGGGGGUUCAUAAGGGCUCUGCUCUGGAGAAGUUUAAGAAAUACUAUCAGUCCGUGAUAGUGCAGAUGAGUGGCUGUAUCAGUAAAUAUGGAGUUGGGGAGCUGAGGUUUGUUGCACCGUCCAUCAUUUCUCCGGGCUACUCUUUUAUCGUUCCCCUGAAAAUAUUAAACAGCAACGACAACAAUGUUGAUAGCAACAGCAGCAACAGCAACAAUGUUCAUAGCAACAGCAGCAACAACAACAGUAUCAUCAUAAUUGAUAGCAAAAUUUCCGUAAUGGUUGAUGCCAGUCGCACAGAAAUGAGUUUUUAUAAACUGACGUACCACUCAAAGAUUUAUGCGAACAUUAAAAACCUGACAACCAGCUUUACGAGAUCACGGUCGUCAUUAGCAUUGCCGCUGAAGACAAGCGUGGAAGAUGAGUCAUUUUUCUCGUCAUCUUCGUCAUCGUCAUCUUUGUUAACGGAAGUAGAAGAUGAAGAAACUUGGGAGAAAAAAAAAGAAAAGAAAGAAAAUGAGAAAGGAUUGUUGCCCAGGUGCUCGGAGAUCAUCUCAUGUCCCAAGCACACAUUUGCCCUCAGGGUGUUCACCGGUGUGCAAAAUAUUGUUAAGCCCGCUGUCUGCAUUGAUGGCGUUCUCUACAGUAGCCGGCUGUUUGGUCGUGGUUUGAACGUUCUUGUUUACCAGCCGCAUGCAAUGCAAGUUGUUAGGACUGCUCAUUUUGAUACUUACUCCACUGGCUACACAUUCGCACACACAUCUGCUCACCUGAGAUUCGACAACACACAACACAACACAGCUGACGGUUCAGCACUGGAAUUUUUCAAAAAUGUCCAUAAAGAUGAACUGAUAAUCGUGUUCACACAUGAUGAUGCUUUCUACAAUUUGAAGAUUGAAUUGAAGCACCAGCUGAUGAAAUUUGGAAGUUACUACAUUCACCAGCUGCGAAACAGAAAUGCCUGGCUUCUCAUUGGUCGAUUGAAUUUGACCUUGAACUCUCCUUAUGAAUACAUAAAGUUUUCAACAUACGGAAGCUAUGAUUGGUCAGAGCCUGUUAACAUUAAGGAGUGCAUUAACAAGUCCUUUGUAGGAACAUUGAAGAACAACAUGGCAGCGCCAGACGUGCAGAGGUUGCAUUUCUGCAUCAAACAUUCGCUGAACACUGGCCUCUGCUCAAGUUUCAAUGUCUGGCAGAAAUUUGAUGUGAUGCCCUUGCAAAACGAAAGAAUUCCUUCAGAUCACCAAGUCUUCCACAUCCCCAUCAUCAUGUUUCUCAGUGCUCAUAAGAGCAGGAGACACGCUGAUGGAGGAAUUGUUGAACCUACACUCAUUCGCUGCUCUCAAGUCUUCAAACUUCUCUUACCAGGCUUCUUCAUGCCGUCAACUACAUUUCAGAGAACUAUCCCGCAGCCGUACGUUGCUGACACGCUGUGUUCAUUAUGCCAGUGA